AUGUACCGACAUACCCUAUAUGUGCACAGUUACAAAUCGCCAACAUUCUGCGAUUUUUGCGGUGAAAUGCUAUUUGGAUUAGUGAAACAGGGCCUGAAAUGCCGAGAAUGUAAAUUGAACUAUCAUAAACGUUGUGUUUCGAAAAUCCCGAAUAAUUGUAACGGUUACAAGCAGCAAUUGUCAGCUCCUCAUCUUUUGUCAUUGGGAGAUUCUACUGCCAAAACGAGUUUUCUUCCUGUCUCAUCGCCAGUUGACAAUUUCGAUAAUACUCUAAUAAAGCAACAGGUGCCACCCGAUAUAUCAAUAACAACUGCUAAUGAUAUCAGUUGGCGCAGUCGACCAGCUUCUCCAACUAACCAAAAUGUUCGUUUGCAAUUAUGA